AUGAUAGCUUUUCGCUGUGAAAUUAUAGCUCCCUCUUGUUGCCGUAGCAGUUCGAAACUUUGUAGGCUGGAAAAAAUCCCUGAGAAAUCUCUUAUCCUCCCCAAUGUUCUAGCUUGUGAACAUUGCGAUGCUAAGAGGUUUCACAUGGAGCCUCCUUCUUUUUGUUGCCGUAGCGGCGAGGUUAAAAUUGUCCCUCCUCCCAUGCCUUACAGUCUGAAGCGAUUAUUUACUGGUUCUGAUAAGGAGUGCGAGGACUUUCAAAGAAAAGCCCGCACUUAUAAUAAUAAUGUCGCUUUUACAUCGUAUGCUGCAAAAUAUGACAGGAAAUUAACAAAAAACAAGCCUGGAGUGUAUACGUUUCGAGUUCAGGGUCAGGUUUAUCACUUUUUGAACUCUUUGCUGUCAAACGGUGAUCAACCUAGUGGAAUUCAGUUAUACUUUUAUGAUACUGAUGAAGAAUUAAGGAGGAGGACUGAAAACUGCGAUAAGCUUCGUGAGAGUACUUUGAAGCUGCUUAUGAGUAUACUCCAAGAUAAUCCUUAUGCAAAAUUCUUUAAGAGCUUAAGGGAUCUUCCAAAUCUUGAGGAUCAUACAAUUAUUCUCAAUUCUAAUCCUACCUUAGACCAGCGAGUAUAUAAUCUUCCUACUGCAUCCCAAGUUGCUGCUAUUUGGACUGAAAUUGAUGAUGAUUCAGUUGAUAUGCGUCCUCACAUUCAGGUCUAUAGUCACUCUAGCAUGAGUUAUAGAGUUCAGCCUUAUUAUGGAUGCUGUGAUUCUUUGCAGUACCCUCUCCUCUUUCCUAGAGGUGAAUCUGGGUGGCAUUAUGGAAUUAAGCGCUUUCAUAAGAAGGAGAAAAAGGGAAAUUUGUCUGCCAUCAACCAAUCUGUUGAUCUUUCCUCCGUAGAUACUCCAUCACAGCUGUUAGAGUUGGAACAAAGAGGCACUGAGGACUAUUUUGUGUCUGCUAGAGAAUAUUAUUGUUACAAGUUUCAAGUGAGAGAUGAUGAUGCAUCUAUGUUGCUGCACACCCUUAGGUUGUUUCAACAGUUUGUCGUGGGUUCUUAUAUUAAGAUCGAGACGUCUAGGCUUGACUUUCACAGAAAAAAACAAAAUGCAAUACGUACUGAAAUUCUCCAAGGGGUUUUAGAUAGCAUUGCUAUUGGUCAGACGCAGGGUUCUAAAGUUGGUCGAAGGACUAUUUUACCUGCUUCUUUUAUUGGGGUUCCGAGGGACAUGAAACGCAGAUAUUUGGAUGCAAUGGCUUUGGUUCAGAAAUAUGGAAAGCCUGACAUUUUUUUGACCAUGACAUGCAAUCCAAUGUGGAAGGAAAUUCAUGAAGGUUUGCGAUAUACAGAAAAGCCGCAGGAUAGGCCUGAUUUAUUGUCUAGAGUUUUUAGAGCUAAAUUUGAAGUGGUCAAGAAUGAGCUUCUGCACAAACACAUUUUUGGAGAGGUUGCAGCGUGUGUCUAUGCUAUCGAAUUUCAGAAGCACGACCUUCCUCAUGCUCAUGUCCUCUUAAUUCUUAAGCCUGAGUUCAAAUUAUUAAAUGCUGAAUCGUAUGAUAAAAUUGUUUGUGCUGAACUUCCUGAUCCAAAAGAGGAUCAGCACUUGUACUCUCUCGUUGUGAAACAUAUGCUUCAUGGUCCCUGUGGAGAUAUGGAUAGAAGUUACCCUUACAUGAAAAAUGGUUCUUGUAAAAGCCAUUAUCCAAAAGAUUUUUCUGAACAUACUAUUCAUGCCGAAGAUUCUUACCCGUGUUAUAGAAGGAGGGAUGAUGGUAGAAAGAUGAAGUUCGUCGGCAUGAAUUGGAUAAUCGAUGGGUUAUACCUCAUAAUCGAUACCUCCUUACUUUGA